ACUCACUUUAAUAUUUAGGCUGUUUAGCAGCUGUUAUGUCUUUUUAAAAAAUAAUAAUAAUAAUAAUACAAAAAGAUCUAAACUAACCAAAAACAAUGGGCUGCAUCCAAAGCUUCAGGGAGCUGUGUGACCGUCCAAAGAAUACUAAUGUUCGUAUCAGUCUUCCAGCAGUUUGCAUUGUGUGGCAAACAGCCAUGAUCAUCUUGUUCGGAGUUUUUAUUCGCUACAAUGAAGAAUCGGAUACACACUGGAUAGAGCACAGGAAAGCUAAAAAUAUAUCAAGUGACAUUGAGAACGACUUCUACUUCAGAUAUCCAAGUUUUCAGGAUGUCCAUGUGAUGAUCUUUGUUGGAUUUGGCUUCCUGAUGACAUUUCUUAAGCGCUACAGCUUCGGCGCGGUGGGUUUCAACUUCCUCAUUGCAGCCUUCGGCCUCCAGUGGGCGCUGCUGAUGCAAGGCUGGUUCCACUCCCUGGAUUACACUGAUGGAAAGAUCAAAAUUGGAGUUGAAAACUUGAUCAAUGCUGACUUCUGUGUGGCGGGCUGCUUAAUAGCCUACGGGGCGGUGCUGGGUAAAGUCAGUGCAGUCCAGCUGAUGGUUAUGACGCUGUUUGGGAUCACGUUGUUCGCCGUCGAGGAAUUUAUCAUCCUGAGUCUCAUUCAUGCCAGAGAUGCCGGAGGCUCCAUGGUGAUCCACACAUUUGGAGGUUAUUACGGUCUUUCCAUCUCGUGGAUGCUCUAUCGGCCAAACCUGAACCAGAGCAGUAACCUGCAGGGCUCCGUCUACCACUCAGAUGUCUUUGCCAUGAUUGGUACCCUCUUCCUGUGGAUGUUCUGGCCCAGCUUCAACUCAGCCAUCACAGACCACGGGGACGGGCAGCACAGAGCAGCCAUCAACACCUACCUGGCUUUGGCCUCCACUGUGCUCACAACCGUGGCCAUCUCGAGCGUCUUCCAGAAGCAUGGAAAACUUGACAUGGUUCACAUCCAGAACUCAACUCUUGCUGGAGGCGUUGCAGUAGGAACUGCAGCAGAGUUCAUGCUGAUGCCGUACGGGUCUCUGAUCGUAGGAUUCUGCUGCGGUGUCAUCUCCACGCUGGGAUAUAUCUUCCUCUCACCAUUCAUGGAAAAGUACCUGAAGAUCCAGGACACAUGUGGAAUCCAUAACCUGCACGCAAUGCCAGGAGUCAUAGGAGGCAUUGUGGGAGCCAUUACUGCCGCAGCUGCAUCAGAGUCCGUUUAUGGCGCUGAAGGGCUCGUCAACACCUUUGACUUUGAGGGUAAUUUCAAAAACAUGACACCCUCACGGCAGGGUGGUCAUCAGGCUGCAGGCCUCUGUGUGGCUAUCCUCUUUGGUGUGGGUGGAGGCAUCCUUGUCGGUUGCAUCCUAAGAUUACCUAUCUGGGGAGAUCCUGCAGAUGACAAUUGUUUUGAUGAUGAGCCCUACUGGGAGCUUCCUGAUGAAGAGGAGGUGAUCCCACCCAUCCUUCACUACAACAACCACAUGCACAACAAAGAUAUAGCGGAGUCAAAUUUCACUGUGGAGCAGGCCUGACUGUAGGCUUCAAUCCUGAUGGAUCUGUGUCUAUCAACCACACCCUGUUUGUUCCUUUUAUUCUCCUGUUGGACAGAAAUAUUCAUUUGACACGACGAAUCCUCACCAAGUUGUUUAGCCUAGAAUCAAGUCUGAAAUCUUUUUGUUUGUAUGAAGUUUUUAAAAAAAAAAGUCUGCCUGUGAAAUAUGCUCUUCUCUGUUUUGCAGGAUAUGUAUUUCAGUUUAAAAUCACUUCAUAUACAGUCAAAUAUUGGCAGGAGUGUAGGUUUUGUUUCAGCAUUUAAAGGGACACAUAUGAAACGGGGAAUUCAGGGGUCCUCCGCUCGGAAAUUUCUCACAUUCUGGUGAUUUUUAUGGACCAAUUUGUGCCUUUUCUGCCUCAAUUUUCCGUGUGUGUCUUUAUUUUUGUCAAAAUAGACAUCCUUUGCUACGUUCAUGUUUUUCUAGAGGGAACAAAUGCACAAGUUCUAAAUAUUGAGAGGCAUGUGUUCAGUUUCAACACUGAGAGGCAGGUACAACAAGAUAAAGGCUCAGUACUGGACUGAAACUAACUUAAAGAUGACUAUGAGAAUAUAACCAUGGAAAAUUUUACAUAUUGAAAACCAUACAUUUGCUUCAGACCCUCUUGAGUGGCAUUUGCACUGGAUUUUCUGGAGGAGCUGUCACACAUUUGUUUUUCCUUUUUUUUCUGUGUGUGUGACGUAACGGACCGUAAGUACGAUUUUAAGAGAAUAUACAGACGAUGUCAACUUCAUGCUGUCAGCUUCGUUUGUUAUUGUGUUUAUUUGCAUCGCUGCUUUUCCUUAAAGACAGAACUUUAAUAAUUUUGUGCAUCUUCAUAGAGAGGUUUUUACCCUGAGAUGUAAUGGGAGUUAUGUAUCGUGUUACUGAUUAUGGAGUUUAAAAAUAAGAACUGUGAUAUUUGUUUUGAGCUAAGUUAUGCUGCGACAUAAUGGAUGCCUGGUAACAGUCUACUUUUAUCCGCCCUCACUUGCCAUUUAUAAGCACGUAUAUAACAAACACUUGAUGAAUAACUUUUAAGACAAUAUAAUGUAAGCACCAAAGGGAUUUUUUUAGAGUUGUGUUUUCCAUGUUGUCAUUUAUUAUCUUUUUUUACAACACAUUAUUGUGUAGUAUAAAUAAUCAUUAAAUGUUUAUGUACUGCUUAUAAAUGUCAAAAAGAUGGAUUAAAGUAAAGUGUUAACAGAUAUUUUUAUGCAUCCGAAAAUGAAUGAUUUGUCAAACGCUGAUGUUUGUAUGUUUAGAUGUUGCUAUGUCAGACUGUAUUUAAAAGUAAGGUUUGUUAAUGGUAAUGUAAUUUUGAAAAUUAAUAAAAGAUUGUUAAUACAG